GGAGCGGUAAAGGUUUACUAGUAUAAUUUUACUUGGAGAGUUCAUGAACUUUCACCACCUGUCUCCAUUCACUCAGCUACUUUUUCACUUUGUCUUUUAGUAGAAAUGACAAGAGAGAAAUGUAUGUCUGAUGAUCCAGAGAGGACUUUUGGAAUAUUUGUUUUUCUUAUUUUUAUUGAGAUUUACAGGAUACAUUAGCCAUGAUGUAAAACUGUCAGUUGACCAAAUUUGUCUGCGUUUCCUUCAUUUGUUAUCUUGAUAUGCUGAUUAAGUGUGUGAGCAAAGAUUAAGCAAAUUGGCCAUGAUGUUGCAUGUCUCAAAAUAGCCCUCCAAUGCCGCUGAGAGGCUUUGACCAGCGCUCAGAGGAAUAACGGAGGCACACUUUCUGUCGUUUUAGCCGCUAUAAUUUAGAUGAAAUGUGAAAUAUACGUCACCUCCACACAAUAUGAGCAGCACAUCCGUCCAGGAGCCCGCUGCCGGGGAGUUGUCCUGCGGCAGCGAUCAGACGUUACCCUCCCGACCCCUACAACCAAUCUCUGACCCCUCAGCUUCUAAAAGAGUGUGUUUCUACAAAAGCGGUGACUAUAAAUUCAGUGGACAUCGCUUGGUCAUCAACGCCCGCACCUUCAAGACAUUCGAUGCUCUACUGGAUGCUCUGUCCAAGAAAGUGCCUCUGCCAUUUGGAGUGAGGACCAUCACCACACCCCGCGGGACCCACUUGGUUAAGGCUCUAGAUGACUUACAGGAUGGGGGAUCGUAUGUGUGUUCUGACCAGAAACGGGUGAAGCCAUUAAACCUGGAUGAAGUGAACCGGCGGCAGGUACCGUGGAACGCCACCAGACCCCUCAGCGCGGGGCGACGAAGGCGACAGAGACCCCAGUUUGGUGCGUUCGGCAGAAGGAAUGAAGUGGUCACCAACAGGCCAGCAAAGGUCACUGAGAGGGUGGCAGUACGGACACCAAAGAAACUUGUGGUCAUCAGAAACAGGGAUCCCACUGUCAAACGCACUAUUGUGUUGCAGAGAAGAACAGCACCAACAUUUGAUGCUUUACUGGAUUACCUCUCCCAGGUCUUGCAGUUCCCAGUGCUGAAACUCUUCUCUACAGAUGGCAGAAGAGUUGACAGUCUGGCAGGAAUCAUCCUGUGCUCUGGAGUUGUUGUGGCAGCCGGCAACGAGCCAUUCAGAUUAGGAAACUACAGUUUCCCUGGAGCGAGCCAGAUGGCACAAAUCAUGUACGUGGACCCGGUGGAACCAUCGAUGUCGCAGCCAAGAACUCAGAACAACAAAUCUUCGUCGAGUGCAAGGGGCUCAAGGAAUUUUUCCCUAUCAUCAGAGAGAUAUAUCGUCACCCAGAUAAACAAAUCUAGAAAUGGAAGCGCCAACGGCCACCUGCAUCGCCACGACGGAUCGUUUGAAUCAGAGGUCAACCGUCGUCUACCGACCACGGAGAUGCGUAGAACUGGGAGGGUAGACAACGAGCAUCGUUCUUGCAUCGUACCUCAGGACGAUGACAUUGAAAAGUCUUUCCGUGUGAAUCAAGACGGCAGCAUGACGGUGGAGAUGAAAGUCCGUCUGACCAUUAAAGAGGAGGAGAUGCUGCACUGGACCACCACGCUCAGCCGCUCCAGCCUUAGCAAGGGGACAGUCUGUGCCUCCAUUUCUGAGUCAGGCAACAGCUCACCUGACUCAAACAACGCCAUUGCCAAAGACUCUUCUAGCGCCAGUGAGAAUGAAACGAAAGAGGAGAACCAUCCCGCCGGAGCUGGGAAGGGUGUCGACUUUAAAGAGGGCUACACUUCCACGGCCUUGGGAAAUGCAAAAUCUGGUUUCAAACGCACCCCUACGCCAGGACCUCGACACGUUACGAAGAAGGCGUCUGUUGAGAGUGUGAAGACGGUGACCGAGUCGGGGGUUCAAGAGAGCACCCUGGGACAUUACUCCUACAUGGAGAGGACGGCCGAUGGCGAGACGACGGAGGGAUAUUGCGUCGUCAAACACAGCAGCAGCAGCAGCAGCAACAGGCCAGUCCCAAAACCUAGGAAAACGACGUCUGCGGGGGCGAGCAACAGAGGCUCCAACUCCUCCAACAGGUCGUCAGGAGUAGCUGAUGUCCUUCAGAUACAGAACAACGGGAUGGAGGUUACAGAGACUGUCAUGCACAUUUAUGAGACUCAAGGCUGCUACGACAACUAUUAUGCCAACAAGGAAUAUAGCGUAGAAAGUGCACCGUUGCAUGGUUCCACUCCAGCGGCAGGAAGCAAACCAUCCACCGACUCAGGGCGCCGUUCAUCCAGCAAUGACAUAGAUUUUAGCCGGCAGCCGCCCACUACUGACUCACUACAACGACAGAAAGAGGAGAUGUUGUCAUUGUCAUCAGAGCCAAAAACUCCAACACAUGAGAUUACUGCAACAAACUCCCAAAAACAGGAGACGGUAAAAAAAGACAAAACGAAGAAAAAGAUGAUGAUUAAACCUGCUCGCAUUCAGAAGAGUUCAACUUCAACAACCAGCUCAGAUAAAAAGCAAAAACAAAGCAUAGUUAGCCCCCCCAAAACUAGCAAACAUUCAUCCCCAGACAAGCUCAGCAGCAAUGCCAGUGCGGGAAAAAAGACUUUAAGUUCAUCAGAAAGUGGCAACAUUUGUCAAAAGAGUAGAGGAGCGGAAAAGACUCAAAUUAAGAAAGCGAGUAAGGAAGAAAAGACGCCCAGGAAAGAGCAAGCCUUAUUAGUUGACACUGAAAAUGUGAGUAGGACCCCGCCUAAGAGACAAAACAUGAAUAAAGCAGCUGUGAGAUAUAACGGCCAUAAUGUAAAUUCUCCAACUAGGAGGCCUCAAAUGAAGAAGAACAUGUCAGACAUUUUACAACCAAAGAAAUCACUUUUGCCGGCCAGAAAGACAAUUAGCAAGCCCAAUUCCGUGAGAGAAAAUAGGACACCGUCACCUAAAAAGUCUUUAGAGUUGAUUGUGAGUUCGAUGCCUUCUCUCAAUCCUUCACCCUCUGAAAUCCACCAGUAUGUUGAGAACUGGUUGGACAAAGUCAACCCCGACCCAGUGCCAUACACUGAGGAGGACGUCACUGAUGAAUCAGAGCCUCGGACGAAGGUCGUGUUUCAGAUCGGCGCUGGUUCUGAAUCGGAUGAAAAGAGUGAAUGCCAGACUCAUUUAGAGGAGUGUCAUCCAUCAUCCAGUGAUGCUCUGAAGAAAUCAGCUUCUUGUCUAUCAGUACCUCUACCUCAUCAAGCUAUGGCUCUGCCGCACAAUGAGCAAUACAUGAAAGGUUUAUGUGUUUCAAUGCCGAGUGUCAGAGUGGAUCCUGUGGAGCAGGAGAACAGACUGAGGCCACACAAAUCUGCAGAGGCCAUCGGUCCAGCUGACAAGGAAUUACCUACAUCCAAAGUUUUGGAUCCAAAUAUAAAACAUGUCCUGCGGGAGCUUUAUUCAUCUAUUCACUGCAUCCCAAGUGAAACCAACACAACAUCCAACCUCGAGAAGUCCAACAGCCUUCCUGAUUUCUCAACACAAGUGGCGUCGGUGUUCGGCUCGUCGUGCAAAGCCUUCAUUUCAUUCUUAUCUGUGAUGACUCUGCGAGAUAACCUAACUGGAUCUGCUCCGGAAGGCCGCAGCCUAUCGAGAAGCCCCUCCGAGGCCAUGCUGAUGAUGGAAUCCCUGCAGAAGAUCUCUGCCAUCGAGGAUGACGAAGAGCUGAGGGCGAGUUUGACGGAUCUGCAGAGCAGAGCGUCUUCUCAGUUCCGAGACCGCUGGAAGGAUUUCCAGAUUCUCAGAGAAAGGCUUGAGAGUGAACCGCUGUCUCCCAAAUUUUCAGAAACAGAAUUUGCCCUGGAUGUUUUCUCCGAAGCCGGUGAUGCGUUCGAGGAUAUCGAGGAGCUGAUGGAUGAGCUGAAUAUGCCGCAAGACCUCAGAGCAGAGAUCUCUGCAACAAUCCAACAUACUAAAAGUUUUUACCCUGCAGAGGAGAGCACUUUUGUAGAAAUGGAAAGAAACCAGUCGGACUCAGAGGAAGAUGUUGAAAAAUUUGUUGAAGAAUGCAACGAUGAAAUCAAACAAUCACCGGAGCCUGAUGCUACCUGCAUGGCUGAGGACAUUACUCAGACAAAACAGGGUGAUGAUAAUGGAGAGAUAGAACAGGCCAAGAUGACAAGUGAGUCAGAGCAAGAACCUGGUAAAGAAUCAGAAAGAUCACAGACAGAAAGAGAUGAACCCUUAACAGAGAAAGAAAGCAACAAGGAAGAAGAGGAAGAAGUAGAGGAGGACAGGGAGGUGGUGGAGGACAGAGAGGACGGACAUACAGAAGAGAUAGAUCAUGAUGAUGAUGGUGGUGAAGAGACUGAAAAGGGAGAAAGGGAGGAGGAAGCAGAAGAGGGGGCAGUGACAGAAGUAGAUGACAAGGGGCAGGAGGAAUCGGAGGCGGAAAAAGGAGGUCUAGAGGAGGAGGGAUCUGUUCAGGAAGUAGAGGAAGGGACAGACGAAGCGAUGGCGGUGGUUGAGGAGGAAGAUGGGGAGAAAUUAGAAGAAGCAGAGGAGGAAGUUCAAAAAGCAAAAGAGGAUGAUAGUGUUGAAGAGACAGAUGAAAGAGAAUGUGUUGAGGAGACGGAGGAAAGGGAGGAUGAGGAAUGUAUAACCGAGGAGAGGCAAGGGGAAGAGAUUGAGGAAGAGGCAGAUGGGGUUAUUGAGGAGUCAGAUGAAGGAGAGGAAGUAGAAAAGAUCAUUGAAGAAGCGGAAGAGGAGGAGGAGGAGGAGGAGGAGGAGGAGGAGGAGGAAGAAGACGAAGUAGAUGAGAUUAUUAGGGAGACAGAUGGAGGAGAGGACAUAGAAAAUAUUAAAGAGGAGGAAGAGGAGGAAGAGGAGGAGGAGGAGGAAGAAGAAGCAGCAGCAAAUGAGGUUAUUGGGGAGACAGAUGAAGGAGAGGAAGUAGGAAAUAUUAAAGAGGAGGAGGAGGAGGAGGAGGAGGAGGAAGAAGAAGCAGCAGCAGAUGAGGUUAUUGGGGAGACAGAUGAAGGAGAGGAAGUAGGAAAUAUUAAAGAGGAGGAGGAGGAGGAGGAGGAGGAGGACGGAGAAGAAGGAGAUGCUUUAGAAGAUGUUGAGGAGGAAAAUAAUGAGGAAGAGGAAAUGAUGGAAGUUAUUGAGGAGAAAGGUGAUGAAGAGGAUGUAGAAAAAAUAAUUGAAGAGACGAAGGAGGAGGAGGAGGAAGAAAAAGAAGAAGAAGAAGAAGAAGAAGAAGAACAAGAAGAAGAAAAAGAAGAAGAAGAAGAAGAAGAAGAACAAGAACAAGAACAAGAACAAGAAGAACAAGAAGAAGAACAAGAAGAAGAAAAAGAAGAAACAGAUGCAGUUACUGAGAGAGAUGUAGAGGAGGAGGUUAUUGAGGAGAAGGAUGAGGAAGAUGUUGAGGAAAAAGUUGAAGUUAUAAAUAUAGAAGACGGAGUGGUUACAGAUGAGGAAGAGGAAGGAGAGGAAAUUGACAAGAAUAUAGAAGAGGAAGAAAAGUGUGAUGAGGGUGAGGAGAGCGAGAAAGAGCUGGAAAAAGAAUCAGUAGAGGAGAUUGAAGAAAAUAUGAAAGCAGGGCAAAUGCUAGAUGAAGAGGAGAGGGAAGAUGAUGAAGAAAAUCAGUUAAAUGAGGGCUUCGACGAGGUGGAGGAGCAGGAAUCGAAGGAUGAGGUAGAUGAAGAAAGUGCUACUGAUGAUGCAGACAGUAAAAACCUACUAGAGGAGGCCUCGUACUUGCAGCAGCAGCAGAGCAGCCGUGAUGAAGAAAAUGUAGAUGAAAAGGUGGCAGAACACAACAGCAAAUCAUCAACCAAACAUUCCUCUGAGUGUCAGUGCGAGGAUGAUAAAGGUAACGGGACAGACACCGUUAAUGAAGUCGAAACGGACGAGGAAGGAAGCAGCGGUCUACAACAUCCAGUGGAAAUAUCACAGGAGUUACUUGACUUCGUUAACUCGGCCCUGCGGUCCUCUUCACUUAUAUUCACGUACGACUCUCGGGGGAAUGUCAGGUUAGAGCCAGAUAACGCUCGAGUGACGCAAACUAAACAAAUUCCAAAAAGCAGAAAGGACAAUUCGUCGUACGGCUUGAAGCGUCUCCCGAGCCCCAACACCUCAGAUUUGUCCGAUUACAGGCCCGAAACGUCGGAGAGCGGUGGAUAUAAAACUCAGGAGUCUUUAGAUAUCGUCACAGAGAGUGAAGAAGAGACUGAUAUCCCUUAUAGGAGAACACAUGCGGAGCGAGCUAAAUCCGAACUGUCCGUUGCAAGUAAUGCAGAAGCCUUGCAAGAAUCCAGAUUAAAAAGUGGAGGGAGUUUUUCUUCCUGUGACUCGGGCACUAAAGCCUCAAAGGAGGAUCUUUCUUAUUUCAGUGGUUCAAGCUCACAAAAGGCAGACGCCGAACCAGCCGCAGAGGCCGCACAGUGCACUUCUGUCACCCCAGAAAAAGACUCAGCGGACGGGGUGUUGAUCGACCAAGGUAGAUGGCUGCUCAAGGAGAAUCACCUCAUCAGAAAAUCUCCUCCGGUCUCCCUGGGAAUGUACGACCAAUUAGAUAGCACAUCUCUAGAUACGGGUCAGGACAACACCAGCGAGAAUUCCCCGUCUCAUUCCAAAACCCGGCGAAGCCCUCUCGCAGCCAUCUCCUCAUCAGAGCUCGAGGAGAUGGCGAAGCCUCAAACUCCCAAGUGCACCUACUACAAUAUGCCACACGGAAGCGAUUCCGACCCGUUCUUGGACGACACCAGUGUCAAAAGUGGGAAAAAAGAUGCAAGCGGUGUCAAAGGGAGAGGCUCCAGGGUGUCGCCUACGGUCGAUACGUCCAAAACCUGGGCGAAUAAAAAUGGUAGUCUGUCUUCGUUUGCAUCAGUUGAGUUUAAAGUAGCAGACAUGAAAGUGCAUCCUGAGGGAGAGUCGUCAGCUGUGACCAGGGCAAGAAGGACAUCUAGUGGAGGAAGGGUUGUACUGCAAGCACAGGACUCCCUUGAUGCACUGCAUGUGAGAUGUAGCCCAUACUGUCCCAUACUAUAAAAGCAGACGUUUAUUUCACAGAAAUAUUCACACGUGCUGGUCCUGUAUGGUUAAAUGGUUGUAAUGCAGCUAAACAUGUUGUGUUUUGUCAAAUAAUUGUGAACAAAUAUAUUUUUGCAACCCCACCGGACCUACAGACAUGUGUUACAUCCAUCACAGAGUUAAAGUAGAAAGUAACAAUACCGGCAAAUAAGAACAGUUUUUUUUUUUACUUCUUCUACUGAUUCACUGCUCCUGACUGUACAUCACUGUAUGAGCUAUUAUUACAUGUGCACAACUCAACAGUUUCUUAUUGAAUAUAAUGCAAUACAUCAGAGAAAUUACUGUAUCUCCCAAGGAAAGCAGAUUUUUAUUGCUUGUUAUAUUUCAUUUUAUUGCUUUGGGUUCUUCCAGAAUGUGCAAUGCAUGUUCAGUGAUUACUCUCAGGGUUUUAACAAAGGACCACUGUCUGUAUGUCAAUAUAUUAAUUAGAUUAAAUUCAUUAUAAGGCAGCUUCUGACAAAAUGUUGUUUUUGGCUGUAAGAAUUUUGACUCAAUAUUCAAUAAACCAUGUUUCCUUUUUUAAUUGUGUUUAUAGUUGCCACACUGAAACAGUUAGAAAACUGCUUCUCUCUAACUCAUCCCAAAGUCACGUGCUUUCUGUUAGAAGACAUCAUCAGGUUUAUCCUUUCAGACCUUUUAAAGCUCCUUCCAGAGCGUGAGGACGUUACACAACAGUUUUCCACAGGCUGAGAAGUAGGCCUACUACACGACUCAUCUUGAAGUGUUAAAUCAAUGAAGUACACCUUUAUAGUACUAAGUAGGCCUACUAUACAGUGCUUACUAAAAUUUGAGGAUCGGAUUUAUGACAUUACAGUAUGCGUCUUACAGUACCUUUAAGAAGUUCUUCUGAGUUUACUUCUUUACUGUAUGUGGUGGAGCAUUGAGCAGCUGCAGAACUAGCCCUGGUUUGCCCUGGCUCAUGUAUUUCCGGGUCACAGAGGUAACCAUCAGUUUCUCGAAAAGAUAGUGAUUCUGCAAUGUUUGAAAAACCCAGAAGAUCAUUUAAAAACACUUACCUUUGCUCUGAAGGUAUUUCCACAAUAAUAAAAGACUCAUCUUACUACCUGGAUGAAAAAAAUAUUCCGUCCGCUGAAUGAUACUUUUUUUUUUUAACCUGUUUCCAGAGUUGCACCUCAGAUCCCGCAUAAAAAAAAGAUGGCAGCCCACCGGCUACCUGGGUAGUAAACAGAGUUGCAACUAGGAAAAAUCUUUUUUUAUAAUUCAGCUGAUAGGAUAUCGUUUCAUCCAGGGGGUUAUACAAGUCUUUGAGGAUUCUGGAAAUACCAUUAAAACGGCGGUAAGUGUUUUUAAAGGUCCCAUAUCGUGCUCAUUUUCAGGUUCAUACUUGUAUUUUGUGUUUCUACUAGAACAUGUUUA